AUGGGCCAGCAUAUGCCCCAGGCUGUCAUCCAGGAUAGUAAUGAGCUGCCUUCUUCAUUCCUGCAGGUGCAAUCGUUACGGGCCCAGCUGCCAGCAAUCAUGGACAUGUUCUGUGACAGGGAUGGAAGGCGUGUCAUGGGGGCCAUGCAUCAAGCUGGAGACAUCAUCUACCUCCUGGAUGGGGAGGGGCUUGGCUCCAUCUCCCAGGACAUUGCAGUCAGCCUUCGUCCCUUCAUUGAUGACGAGAGGGGCAGCGUGCGCUCCGCUGCCAUUUUACUGCUUGGCAACGUGGUGAGCAGCGUGAAGGACCCGGACAAACCCAUCGUGCAGCAGGAAAUGAUCCACUGCUUGCUCCCGCUGCUGCUGCAUCUUGAAGACCGGGAUGAGAGUGUGACACUGAGAUGCAAACUGACGCUCUUCCGCUGCGCAGUGUUUCUCAGGUGGGCUCAUUUGAAGACGCUGUUCCGCAGCAUGGCCUGGGAUGGCUCCACACAGCUCAUGAAGUGUGCCUGGAAGUGCUUGAUGCAGAACAACAAGAGCCACAUCCCCAAAUUCCUGUUCCAGGCCUUAGAGUACCUGGAAAGCUCACAGACAACAAUCAGACAUUCUGCAGCCCUGUUCAUUGGAAAUACUAUCCACCAUUACUGUGACUUCUUGUCUGAAACAGUGACUGAAGAUGGCAUCUCCCGCCUGUAUGAAGCUUUUCAGGAAGUGCCUUUGACAUGUGACAGGACCACAGGGCACAUCCUCAAUAGGUAUUACAAAUGGCUGCAGAAGCUUAGAAAUCUCGUGUCGGGUUCCGCAUUCGACUAGGGAACCGGGACCGACACAGAAGACCUCUUUGUCUUGCUAUGACAUCUAGAGGCUAACAGGAGCCAACCAAGCCCAACACUGAUCACACCUCUUGGGAGACGGCAAAGCAGCUGUUGCAUGGGAAGGAGGAGAG